GGUGUCAUGAGUCAAGAUAACAAUAGACAAUUACUUCCAUAAUUAUCAAUGAAUGACCAUUAUGUAUAGUAAAUGCAGGAAAUACUUUAUGAAGUUAAAAUAAAUGACUGAUUACAAAAUGUACUUGCCAACGAGGCACCCACUGGUGUACCCAAUGCCAUGGUGGAGCCUAGGCGGCAGAGCUGACGGUGGGUUUGUGCACGCCAUGUCCAGAAAACAGACACCCCGGGAGCCCGUGCUGCUGGACGCAGCCGAGGCUUCCGAGGAUGAAUCCAGUCCGCUGUGUGCUGAAUACUACCGAGGUCUUUCUUACGCUCCUAACGUUGCAUACAUAAGGAACCCUCCAAAAGACUUCCGAAUGGGAGCUAUUCUGAGUGCAAUAUUUUGUUUUUUUCCUCUUGGAUUGCUUGCUAUCUAUUAUUCAUUUAAAAAACUGUUAUAGAAAGAAGCCGACGGAGAAGCUUUUUCGGAAUGGGAACCUUUCGGGUUCCAUCACAGCGUCCGAGAGAACCCGACUACUCAUCAACUUGACCCUCUUGAUGGGCUCCCUGCUCUGGUUUGGAGGUGUGAUCGGGGCCGUAUUAUUUGCCAAUAGGCUUCAUUGAUCAAUCACCUUUCAUGAAUCAGUGACUGAUUUCUCAGCAUUAGGUCAAUCUAAUCUCCACGGCAUUCUUGCAAAAUUUAUUGUUGUAAAUGUUGAUCUGAAUAGCAAAAUCUAAAGCCGUGACUUUUAAACAAAGAUCUGUAUUCAUUUUGUUUGGCAGGAAAUCCAGAUCCAUUCUGUUUCUUGAAAAUCUCUUUAUUGAUAUAUGGUAUAUGUUGGAAAGAAAUACAUAUUUCAAGAAAUUUGAAUCUCAAAACAGCAGCCAUUAGUCAUCAUAAACAUGCAUUUUUGUUACGACCACAUUUUAGGCGACAUAUUAAAGCCCUUAUUCUUUGUAGUUUGUUGCUUAUUGUUUGUUGUAUGCUUCUGUCAUAUAUUAAUAGUGUAUAUGUUUUAUUAAGUUAUUAUUUGAUAUAAACUUUGUAAUAAAAGAUUCAUAAUUUC